UUUUUUUUCUUCAAUUAAAAACAACAAGAAUGUCAGGUAUGAAUUACAACUUACAUCCCAUGUCUUAUCUUAAUGCCACCACUACUGAUAGAAUGAUGGAUUCGGAGAUUGAUAUAGAUAUAGACGCUGUAUCGUCGACCUCGCCAACCAAUAGCAGUCAAUCGGCCAAUGGGUCCCCCCAGUCUUCGUUUACCUCGCAAUCGACUGCCAAUUCGCCCAUUCAUAACGAUAAACACCAACAGGGACAAGUGGCUGACCAGCGCCAGCUUGAAGCAAAGAAUCAGAUGUCGGUGCAACAAGCGCCUGUUCAACAGGUACCACAACAGUUUAUCCCCCAAGCACAAGCUUUUUUGCCCGACAACAACUUGAAUGGGUUUUUUGGGUUGAAUGGGAAUGCUGGGGUUGUUUCCAAACCAGAAGAGAAGAAACCAGCUAAGAAAACCUAUAGAAAGAUUAAAGAUGAAGAUUUACAAGGACCAUUUAAAUGUCAAUGGAAAACAUGUAAUAUCAUUUUCGAUACUCCCGAAUUAUUAUAUGAUCAUUUAUGUGAUGAUCAUGUUGGAAGAAAAGCAUCAAAUAACUUAUCUCUUACUUGUUAUUGGGAUAACUGUUUAACCACUACGGUUAAAAGAGAUCAUAUCACUUCUCAUUUAAGAGUACAUGUACCAUUGAAACCAUUCCAUUGUGAUGUUUGUCCAAAGUCUUUUAAAAGACCUCAAGAUUUGAAAAAACAUACUAAGAUUCAUGAAGAUGAUCAUCAAAGAAAAUUGAAAAAAUCUCAAAAGAAAUUGAUGAAGGAAGAACAACAGAGAAGACAACAAGAUGAUUUGAAGUAUGACGGAUUACAUCCAAAUCCUCAUCACCAUUCUCAUCCAAUUUAUCCUCCUGCUCCUCCUUUACCUUAUGGUUAUCAAUCAAAUGAUUUGGGUUAUAACUACCAACAAAAUGAUAUGGACUUGAAUCGUAAAAGAAGAUUUGAUAAUAAUUCCCAUCAUAAUAUGUAUGUGGUGAAUAGUAUUUUAAGUGAUUUUAAUUUUUACUCAAAUAAUACUGCUUCCAAUACUUUAAAUCAAGAUUUUUCAAAUAAAAGAACUAAAAUUGAACCUCAAUAUAAUAUGGAUAUGUUCAAUAAAUUGAAUCAUUUGGAUGAAAACUUGAAUCAACAUCAACAACAUAAUCCAUCUUUUGGUACUUCUGCUACUUUAAACAUCCACCCUCAACAGCAACAACCACAACAACAGCAACAACAACAACCUAACUUAUACGAAGCCGAAAAAUUCUUCAAUUCUCUUUCUUCUUCAAUUGAUAUGCAAUAUCAAAACUUGAAUAAUUCUACCGAUAAUCAUCAUUAUUCUCAACAUGGUAACUUAUAUCCAUCUGUUCCUCAAUUCCCAGCUACCAAUAUGGAUUCCACCAAAUCAGAUCUUUUAACUAAUAACCAUGGUAUUGGCUAUUCUCCAAGCUAUCCUCAAGUUAAUAGAUCAAACUAUUUAACAAAUAACUCAACCAAUUUGACUUCAGAAUUUGGUGGCGUUAGUAAUUACCAAAAAUCUGGUCAAAAAUUAUCUAAUGAUGUUGAUGAAGAAGAAGAUUCAUUAUUAAACAAUAUUAAUGAUUCUUUGAAUAAAUUAACUUUGAAGAAUGAUGACAAAUUGGAUAUCAAUCUGGUUAAAAAACAUAAAGAAAUGAUUCAAUUGGUUUGUGAUUACUUAUCCUCUUUAAAGAAAGGUGAACAUUGUGAAGUUAACAAUAUUAAUGAAAUUAAUGAAUCUGGUCGUAAAUUAUAUCCCACAAUCACUGCUUUUUAA